GUGGAAGCGUUGUCUUGUCUCACCUGAACUGCUCGAGAUGGAGGGGACUUUAUGAUAUACGAGGAUAUCUAUUUCUUUAUUCGAGUUUUUUUAUUUUUAUCAAAGGCUUUUACUUGACUUCUGCCAAGGUGAAUUAUUUAUUUUCAUACCAGUCAAUAUAAUAGGCUACAAAAAGCUAUUCCUACAUCGCGUCGGGAAUAGAACUACGGGCACCAUUGGAUAAACAGGUCUGUAAUCGUGAACAGGACCCUCAAGCUCUCCAUCCAGCCAUGUGGUAGUCUACACAUCUUUACCCAGUUAUCAGUCAGCCCACCACACCCCGGACCCACCCGGCCACCGCUCACUCCUCACCAGACUCAGCCUUCAACAACAGUAUCCCACAGACAGCAGCUGGUCUCAUGGCCCACCCCUAUGAACCCUGGUUACGGACCGCACCCCCUGGUGGCAGCUCAGACGAGAUGAACGUUCCCUCAUGGUGGGACCUCCACACCGGGCCAGGGAGCUGGAUGGACCUGCAGGCGGGCCAGGGUGUGGGCUUACAGGCAGUUGGUCAGAGCUCCAUGGGGCUGCAGUCCUCCCUGGGGCCUUACGGCUCCGAGCCCCAGCUGUGUACUUCUGCUCAGCUAGCCCAGCUGGCCCCAGCCUCACACUCAGCUCACUCUCACCUCUACCCCCAGGAUGGCUUCAAGAUGGAGCCGCUGGGAGGACCUGAGCUCCUGCAGCCGGAGUCAUACUCCCUGGAGGAGCCACAGGAGGGUGCCACCUCGGUCCGGCCCAAGCCCCAGCGCCGCUCUGCCUCCAGGGGCUCGGGCCAGUCUGUGUGCCGGUGCCCCAACUGUGUCCACGCCGAGCAGAUGGGCCAGAGCACUGAUGACGACCGGAGGAAACACAUGCACAACUGCCACAUCCCGGGCUGUGGCAAGGCCUACGCCAAGACCUCCCACCUGAAGGCCCACCUGCGCUGGCACAGCGGGGACCGGCCCUUCGUCUGCAACUGGCUCUUCUGCGGCAAGCGCUUCACGCGCUCCGACGAACUUCAGCGACACCUGCAGACACACACCGGUGCCAAGAAGUUCAGCUGCACCAUGUGCCCCCGCGUGUUCAUGCGCAACGACCACCUGGCCAAGCACAUGCGCAUGCACGAGUCUCCAUCCGGGCCAGGGGAGGAGAGGAUGUAUGGAGAGGGGGGCAGGAUGGGGAAGAGCUUUGACACGCCUUCUCCUCAGCCCUCCCACGCCACUGCCUCUGACACAGAGGCAUCCCUUAAGCAGCCGAAAUGUGAGAAAGACCCCUCUGGGACAGGACAGUCCAGCUAACUGUAUCCCGUCCACAUCUGGAAUGCUAUACAGAUAAUGUACAGUCAGUAGGCUACUAUCAGCCCCUUUCUAUCAGACAGAGAAUCCAUAGUUUAUAAUACAUGUAGUCCAGUGGAGGUAGAAUCAUAGGGGGUUUUAUAUUAUAAAUUGAUAGUUUAUUUCUACCAGAUGCAUUGAACAACAUAAGGCAACAAAGGCCCCUCUGAUAUUAAGAAUGCAUCAUAUCACAUAUAACAGCACCAUACAGCAUAGACAGACAUAAAACCAAAGAGCAUAUGUUACAUCACCAACAGAGGACAAGCUGUCAAGUGCUUUACUGGAAGGAUAUCCAUCUAAGGAAUCAAGGAAAAUUAUUUUUCAGAUGUUGUCUUCCAUUUAAGGAUAGCUUUGGUGGCAACCAAACCAGAGCCAAAGCUUGCUAGCUGCUAGGACUUCCAUUGCUGCUACUACUAUUAUACCAUCCAUCCACAGAGACUUUGAGAACGAGUUAAACGGAAGAUGGUGCUUGAUGUGUUUACAGUAAAACUACUAGCUACUUGGAGAGAUAUUUAUUUCCAAGAAGCCAUCAAUCUCUCCAGUCUCCACUGCACACAUCUAACUGAAUUUAAGGCAAUGGAAGUAGAAGGUUAGAAUAUGUUGGUAUGUUGUGUUGGCUUCAUUUUCCCACCCUUUAACCCACCCCCUUGACUUGCUGUGUAUAAUAUACUGUAUGUGAGUGUAUGAACAUGUCACUGGAAAAUUCCACACUGUAUUUUUGGUUUUGACCACGCACAAUGUUGGCAUCAACCUUUUGCCAAAGAACACCACAGUAAGCACCACUAAAAUUCAUUUUGGUGCGGUAUGUGGGCGGUGCAAAUAAAAAUGACUGCAUUUGCUCUGUAGAUGGCAAAUGAAUUAAAAGUAUGGCACUUGAAGUGCAGAGAUGUCCCACUACAGCACAUUAUGGCAUGGUAUUCAUACUCCAUGUUUUAGGUCAAAAAUAUAUUUUCUGUUUAAUGUACAGUAAGAAGACAUUAAUUGUGUUAUCAAUGUAUUUCACUUAAAUGCACCGUAUGUAUCAUCAUGUUUAAAUAUCCCUCAACUGUGACUGAAAAGCACCGUUGCUCAUCUUUUGACACUCCUUAUCUCGGCUAUGCAGGUGUGAAUGUUACAUGAUGACAGCAGAUCUCAUUCACAGGAAAUGGGUAAUUCCAUGGUCUUGUCCCUGAUAGUGUAUGAUCCACACAAUACCAAGUUCACACUUCACAGAACCUACUGUAGUAACAGGUUGAUAAGGAUUUCCUCGGACAAAAGACAGGCUGGAUGCAUCACUACUCAUGAAAUGUACGCUAGACUGAAAUGUAAGCUGAACUGAAAUCCCUAAUUGAGAGGAAGUUAUGUAAACCAUAUUUUGUCACAACAACAACUUCCAGGAUAAGCAACAAUUCCUCCUCCAAGGUUGUUCAAGCAUAAAGCCAAAAACAGAUAGAGUGGAAUUGUUUAGAACCCAUUUUGAUAUUAAUAGUCAUAAAUAAUCAUUUAUAUCUUGAUAGAAGAUGCACUUCGAUAAAGUUUUAGGAAUCCAGUAUAGACCUUUCUAAAUAGGCUUAGGCCUGUGUGUCGUGGUUUAGGCUUCUUAGCUUAUAGUGCUCACUGUAAAACAAAUUAGCCUUGUUAGGAAAACAUUGUUGCAUUUUGAGUAGUGACUUAGUCAAAAUGUGCUUAAAAGGGUCUGAGCUGAGGUUUAGCUAUGUAUAGAUCUCUUACUGAGGUGUUUAUUGUAGUCCCCAUUAGAAACAUCCAUAAAUAAAUUUAAAUAUAAUGUUUUUUGAUGGUUUACUUGCAUUUUGUGUAUCAAAUGUGAUGAAAGGACAUCACCUUGAGACUCAUCUAUUGCAAAUCACUUGGGGCCCGAUUCAGACUUAGGAAAUGUACGCCUUUGCUACACAUGUCUUUCCUACGCACUUCACAGUAGUUGGUAUUCAGUCUUACCUUAUGCAGGUGCGGUUCCCUUGCGCGUGUUGAUACAUUUAAUUAAACCGCUGAAAACCCUCCCACAUGCUGGCCAAUAGAUUUUGUUGUGGAGUUUUCUUUCCAUAGGGUUUCCAGUACAUUUAUCUAAAGCGAUCCCUUUAAAUUUGGUGUACCUUUAAUAGAAUUGUCUCGACAGACUCAUUAGAAUAUAUGGAUAGAACAGUUCAGAAUAUUAGGGAUCAACGAAAGAAAGCCAUGUAGGCCUAAAUACACGCAUAUUCAUCUCCUUUUCAGCACCAAUUGGUAGAUCUUGUAUAUUAUUUAGGAAAGUAUUUAUGAAUAAUCAGUGGUGGAAAAGUACCCCGUGUCAUACUUGAGUAAAAGUAAAGAUACCUUAAUAGAAAAUGACUCAAGUAAAAGUGAAAGUCACCCAGUAAAAUACUUCUUGGGUAAAAUUCUAAAAGUAUUAGGUUUGAAAUAUACUUAAGAAUCAAAAGUAAAUGUAAUUAGUAAAAUAUACUUAAGUAUCAAAAGUUAAAGUAUAAAUCAUUUGAAAUUCCUUAUAUUAAUUAAGCAAACCAGACGGCACAAUGAUCAUGUUUUUUUUUCCAUUUAAAGAUAGCUAGGGGCACACAUCAUUUUCAUACGAAGAAUUUGAGUCCGCCAGGUCAGAGGCAGUAGAGAUGACCAGGGAUAUUCUCUCGAUAAGUGGACCAUUUCCCUUUCCUUUCAUUCAAAAUGUAUGUAGUACUUUUGGGUGUCAGGAAAAAUGUAUGGAGUAAAAAGUACAAUAUUUAAUUUAGGAAUGUAGUGAAGUAAAAGAUGUCAAAAAUAUAAAUAGUAAAGUAAAGAAGUAAAGUAUUUUUAAUUAAGUACUUUAUACCACUGUGAAUAAUAAUAAAAAAACAGGUUUGGAGAGCCUUUACUCGAUAAAUAUAUUGGUGAAUCAAAAAUACAGUGGUUUGAUUUAUCCUGAAAGUUGCCAAAUUCCAUUGUUCAAUUCUGAAAUAUUGGGAGGUGAGAAAAGUGUACAAUAGGGGUUGAACAGUAGUCCUAUAAAUCUACCCUAAUAAUCCUCACUAAUCAUGUAACUUUGAUGAUAACGGUCCAUUCGUCCAAACUGUGCACCAGGCUCCAGAUUUAAACUGCUACAUAUGGUCUGCGUUCCAUAAUGUUUCAAAUAGAUUACAUGUCCCAAAUUAUUGCCCAACUUGUAAUACGUUAGCCUAAUAUGAUCCACUAUUGCUAGCUAUCCUCAGGAACAACCACACAAAUGUGACAGAGGAAAAAAAGGUAAACUAACGAUGCAAUGGAAUAAUGCAAAGUGCACAGUAUGUGGGUAUAACUGACAGUGUCUACAGAGAGUGGCUAAUAAUAAAACCAAUUGUAAAAAAUACAGUGAAAAGUCCAGGUAUAUAAUUAAAACAUUCUAGAAAUCACAAUUCAUCCUUCCAAAUUACAGUGUAAGGCCAGCAUUUCAUAAACUUCACUGUGGAAAAGGUGAUAGAUUAGGUUGAUACUCUUCAGUUUGCUGCCAUAUGACUGGUUUCACAUUUGUCUCCAGCUAUCACAAGAUAAAAUAGAUCGAAAACAAUUGUCAUUUAUAUUUACAAUCCCCUUAUCCAAACGGCUUACUCAUUUACCUAGCUCUUAUCAAAAGCUCUUAUCAAUGUGUAAAUGACAGUGCGUGGAGAAUGGUGUUACUUCUUUCAGAAACAAUUAACUAGAUGUUGUUCCACUUGGAACAAACAGGAAGCUCGACCUUAUUCAUCAUUUCAUUGGGUAAAGGUGGUGGAAUUAUGAGGGAAUUAAGCCAAGACAAGGUUCAAAUAUGGCGUAUCUGAGGGCCUCCCAAGUGGCACAGAGGUCUAAGGCACUGCAUCGCAAUGCUAGAGGCAUCACUACAGACCCCGGGUUCGAUCCUGGGCUGUAUCACAACCCUCCGUGAUCGGAAGUCCCAUAGGGCGCCGCACAAUUGGCCCAGCGUCCUCCGGGUUAAGGGAGGGUUUUGCCGGUGGGGCUUUACUUGGCUCAUCGUGCUCUUGCGACUCCUUGUG